UUCUUAAACAUAUGUGUAACAUCUGUAUACUGUUUGUAUAACCCAUGAGGUUUGUCACGGUACACAAGUCUAGUGAUAAGUAAAAAAAAAAUCAUUACAUGAAAUUACCGGAGCCAUUAAUAAUAAUAGUGCGGAUAAAAUAACGGUGCGCAAUAAAGUUUUAGGUGGGUUUGUAUACAGACGCCAUUUGGACACCGAGUGCAACGAGAACGAAGAGCGAACGACGACAGCCGAAAUGGAAGAGAAUCAAACAUCGGAAAGUGUCGCCGUAUUACCGGACAUGUCCGAACCAUUAACGAGCGAAACCGAGGAGUCGUCUGGACUAACGACUGAACACGAAUCUCAUCCGGUUGCGGUUACAUCUGUUCAAGGUGUAUCUACUGUCCAAGGGGUACCAGUCUCAUUACCGGUCGGUUCAAUUAUUGGCGUCGCCAAUUCUAGCAAUGGGACCACUUUUAAUGUCAUCACUUCGGACCAACUGCAGCAACUAUCAAACUCUGGUCAAUUCAAGCAGAUGCUCUGCGUGGACAAUGGAUUCUUAUGCGAGCCUCGUCACGAAAAGGAAUCGGAUCCAUUGCGCUGGAGUGGUGAACUCAAGGCAACGCACAUCGUUAUACAAAACAGCGCUGAAGAAUCUGAAAAUGAACAGAUGCAAGUUGCCGCCAGUAAUUCACAAACUUUGUGUAGCUGGACAGAGGCUGCUAACAUGGCAGUUUUACCGAUAAGAUGUAAAACAACAAAUGCCGAGUUGCAUAAAAGUAGAUUUGGAUCUGGUGGUAGAGGAAAAUGUAUAAAAGUUGGUAAUACUUGGAUGACACCAAGUGAAUUUGAAACCCACAGUGGCAGAGCUUCAAGCAAAGACUGGAAGAGGAGCAUCAGAUUUGGGGGUCGUAGUUUGCAGACUUUGAUUGAGGAAAAUAUUUUAAAGCCACAUGCUACAUCAUGUACCUGUGCUGCUUGCUGUGAUGAUGAUACAGCAAGUGGACCAGUUCGCCUUUUUACUCCGUACAAACGCCGAAGAAGAGCGCGUGAUAUAUCUGACGGUGAAACACCAUCAAGAAAAAUAAAAAGCGAUAAUUCACGUGACUGCAGUAAUAAUGAAGAAAGUGAUAACGAAGUUGGGGUAUCAGAAAAAGAAAUUUGGCCGCAGUAUGUAUCAGCAGAAGGUCUUGUUGUGCAUCAAGCACAGGAUCAAGAACAAGUUAUGCAGGCUGUUAAUGUUGAUCAUGAACAAACAGAUGAAUUAUUUAAGAAAUUAGACGAAAUGUCAAACACAAUGAUUAAGUUAGCUUAUGACUUUAGAAGAACUGUUGAAGAAGCCAAAGAAUUGAGUCGUCAACAGAGACGUGAACAAGCUUUAGUUGCUCAACUUAAUAGUACUAGAGGUGAUGUAAUUGAAGCCGUUGGCUUGCAACCAGCAUCCAAUUCUCAUAAUAAAAAGUGUGCCAAUUGUGAUAGACCAGCGAUGGCUGAAUGCUCAAUCUGUAGACGUACGCCAUACUGUUCAAUAUUUUGUCAACGUAAAGACUGGGCUGGGCACCAAGUUGAGUGUGUACGUGGUGCCGAGACUGUUAUGCUCAUCGUAGAAAGUAGUAGUGCUGAUACCGGUACAUUAAAUACUACCGAAGACUAAUAAUUAUAAUUUGUUUGGCGUCACCGUAAUUAAUUACUUAUGUUUUUGAUGACCAGUCAAACAAUAUUUUUCGGUGAAAAUGACAUUAAUAAUAAUUUAAUUAAUAAAACGACCAUUAAUAGAAAAUUAAUUAAAAUUUAUCAUGUAAAUAAAUUUAUUAUAUCUAUCACAAUUUUUAAAUCAUGGAACAUUAAAUCU